CACCAUCUCUUUAUCCUCUGCAAAGCCGACACCGUCAGAGGCCCAUAGAGAGCUAAUCAAAUACGGGUUCCCAAUAGGGCUACUUCCACAAAACGUGAACGGGUAUGCCCUAAAUAAAACUUCCGGCAGCUUCGUUGUUUCUCUAGGUGCCACGUGUAAAAUUACACUUCCUCCGGACAAUUACCUAGCCACGUAUUCAAAGAAAAUUACAGGCAAAAUUGUUGAAAAUCGAAUUGCUGAGCUUGAUGGGAUUAGCGUGAGGGCAUUUUUUAGGUGGUGGGGUAUUACGGGUAUUAGAUCUAGUGGUGAGAAUUUGGUGUUUGAAGUUGGAAUGGUUACUGCUAAAUACCCUUCUAAGAAUUUUGAUGAAAGUCCUGAGUGUGAGGGGAAAAAGCAUUCCUCUUCCUAAAGGGCUUUUGUCUGCUGCUUCUUUUGAUUGGCUUAUGAAAUAAGCCCAACAGAGUUGGGUGUGAUGGUGCUUGAUAAGUUAAAGUUUUCUUAGCACAUUAUGUUAUCCGAUUGACGAUUUAGUGAAUUGUGUAAGCAGUUGCUAAGUGUAUUGUAUAUAUGAUCUAUGUUAUUAUCUGGAAUAUUACUAAUUGCCAUUGAAAGAUUGUUGCUCUUUUCCUCUGUAUUAUACAUUUGCUGCUGUGAUUGUGACCUUGGACA